AUGGCCGAUGAUACUAACUGUAAUCCGUGUCCACGUAAAUGUAGUGUGAUUUAGCUGCAUAUCUUAGAUCGGUUUAAGAUCUUCCAAAAACGAGCAUUUGAAUAAUGUCACUUGAUCAUAAUCCCCAAUGUUCUGCCUGCAAAAUAGCGAAUUCUUUGAUGUGGAGGAGAGGGUCUAAUGGCGAAAUCCUUUGUAACAGCUGCCAUUUGAAGCGAGUUAAUUCUAGCGUUCGUGCUCAGCGACAAAGCUCUAAGGAGAGCAAAAAGCUCAUUGCAAGGAUUAAGGCAGGAACACGAAAAGGUUGGAAUGGAAAGUCAGGGGAAAGAUCAAGAGGUCGCCGUUCCUUGCAAAAGAUGAAACGAAAGCCUUAUAAGUCACCAGAGGGUUUUGCUACUGUAGUUGCAGCUGACAGGAUUUACUUCAAAGGUAUUCUUUACCAGGCUGGUGACAUAGUAUCCAUCGAAGACAUAGAGGGUGAUCUGUAUUAUGCCCAGCUUAAAGGCUUUCUUCAAGAUCAGUAUGCACAGAAAACUGCAGUUAUUACAUGGCUUCUACCUAUGGUUCCUAAACCAUCACACUUUGAUCCUGCUCUCUUUUUACCGGGACCUGAAGAAGACACUCCUAGACCGAUGGAAUGUAUGGAGUUUGUUUGUAGAGCCCCAACAGAACUGUUUAAAGCCAGAAGAGAACAUCCUCCAUUUGUAACUCCACGACAACCCGACCUUAAUGAUUUAGCAACAGUUGCAGAACAACUUCUCUCAAAUGAAAAUCAUCAACAGUUAUAAGUUGACAUUACUCUAGUUGGUGUAGUACCCAUAUGCCUUGUUUGGGUAUUGCACAGCAAAUUUUAUCUUUGUUGGAGCUCUUUCAAACAUUUUCUCUCCAUUUAGCAAGAGACAUACAGUUCACAACCAAAUGACUUUGAAAACUUAGUCAUUGAAAAGGAUGUUCAUGAUUUAAAACUGCCUACAUGUACAUAUGGGAGUUGUGUGUAGUAUAUUUAACUCUGUAUUUGACCAAAACUUUCUCUUAUUUCCUUACUCAGACCUUUAUUAAUUACUUUUAACCCUUAACACCUAGCAUCAGUAUGCAUAUUCUCCAUACUAUUCACUACACAUUUCCUAAGGUGCAAACAAGAGCUGCUUUAGUUUAAUCUUGUGACCUUAAUUAAUGUUUGAUUCAAGGGUGAUAUUGUAAGAGGGGAAUUAGAUGCAAAUCACUCUUACAGGUCAAAGGAUUAAUGAUAUCAUAAUUUGAGAAUAUUCACAUUACAUUGCUGUUUCUUCAGUUCUGCCUGAUCGAAUAGAGAUAAAUUACCAGCUGAAUAGGAGUUGAUAAUCCAGGACAUAAUAGACUAUUCAACAUAGCAGAAUACAUACUAUGUGGAUGAAAACUGCAAAGAUUCAAUACAUAAUGGACUUUCUUAAAACAGUGAACAUGGUUUGACAAUAUUACAAAAGAUCCUAGGUUGACAGAGGAAGUAAAAGUUGGUGUCUGAUUGCCAACUUAAGCUUGCUGGUAGUGCAACCAAUUCCUGGCUACUGGCUGCCAUUUCUGGUCAAUCAUUUACCACAUAUAGUAACCAAAGCUUGCUCUUGAACAGCUACAUUGCUGUUAAGUUAAGUUAAUCCAUUCCAUCACUUGAUUGAAAGUACUGGUCCUUUUUUUCCAUGCUGAAACCAAGUAGCGAUGUCAAAAAUGUCCACCUGCUUCCAUUUCAACAGAUUCAGCUAAAAGAACAAUAGCUGAGCACUGCCUGAGGUACCUCCUGGUGUUCACUUCAGUGUUUACUUCUGAAGAGCCCCUGAAUCAGAACAUUUUAGUUACUGUUGCUGAUGUAGCCUUCUCCAUGUUGUAUUGGCGAAAAAAAGACUUGGAAUAUUCAUAAGUGCUGAUCAUGACAGCACAUGCUGGUGCCACUUUUAUCAGUCUUGCUGAUACACCUUUCAAAGGAAAAAAAAAUCAAGCUGACACCUUACACAGACUUACAUUUCUAAAAAGGAUUUUGUAUGAGGAUCAUGAGGAUUUUAGCAUUUGGUUUUGGGCUGUAUCUUCCUUCAGACACUCCUAGCCAUCAAGACCAUGCGUGUAAACGAGACCUCUACUAGUAACAGUAUCACAUACAUUAGUUAUGCCCUUUAAGGACAGCUUUGUAAAAUACUAGGGUAAUUUAGCAUUAUCAACUGAGUUGAUAGCGUAAAUUGGCCUCCAUAAAGAGUUUAAAAGCUGAUGAAGGGCUAACACUUAAAAAGUCAGCUUUUAAAACUCUCUACAGUAGCCAAUUUAUGUUACCAACUCAGUUGAUUAUACUGCAUUACCCAGUUACACUUUCCCACUAAUGCAGCACCACAGUUUCUUUAGAAACUCACCCCCUUUAUUUAUUUGUAAAAUACUGACAAAUAAAUAGUGAUUAUUAUUUUA